UGUUUCCUCUGUUGUAUGAACCUGUUACAAGGUCAUUUUGCUGGUUUUCACAGAUCAGUGGUGUCAAGAAAGGGGCUGGUUGACCUUGGAUGACCUCUAAAAGCUUUUAUUAUUAUCUUAAAAACAAAAGCGAUCAGAUUCUCUCUAUGUGAUAAAAAAGAAUUCACCUCAAUGACACUGGAAUCCUAGAAUAGACACUUGGACAUAAACUUACCUCAUAAUUUGAAACCUUCAUCCUAAGAACCCAAAGUCACACAGGGCUCGCAGAUGAUACCAUUGAUGAUGCAGCACCUCCUGCCUCUCGCUACUCUGCUCCUUCUGUCCAUCAUUCCUACUGAAACUGAAGUGGUGACAUCAGUCGCAGAAUGUAAUAAGUUUUUUCUUGAGAAAACUCCACCAAACAUCCGAGGAAUUUUGGAGGGAGGAACCAUCCUGGACCAGAACAGAUACAAAGUCAUUUGUCAGACCUUAAGAAACAUCAGGAGGUUUGUGACGCUGUACGACACCCAAAACAAGAUUCCAGUUUUUUCUGCUGCAAAGUACAGAGUUUCAAGUGAGGGACGCGAACCUCUUUGGAAGAUUGAACCACAGCUUGAAAACACAAAUUACGAUGACAAUAUGACACCAGCAGACAAGAAGAUCAUCUAUGCCCACCAGGCUGUAAUCACUGAUUACUCCGGCCAGCAAGAGUUUGAAAAAGGACAUUUAUUUCCAAGCUCUUAUACAUGUGAUGUAGUUGACAAAAGAUCUACCUUUACCCUGACUAACGCUGUUCCACAAAGAAAACUAUUUAACAACAGGCAGUGGAACAUGAUGGAGAGCUGUGUUAAAUGCAUUAUGGAUAAUUACUGCAUUAACAACAAUUACAAAACAGAAGGCUUUGUAGUGAUUGGAGCACAGCCCAGCAAUGGAAACCUCCUCAACAAGAAGGUCAAUAUUCCUUCAGUGCUCUGGUCGGCCUUCUGCUGUUACAGUCAAAACAGCUGGCUGGCAAGUGCACACUGGGGUGAAAACACAAAUGAUGGCCCAACAUAUCUACAGACCAAGACCUUGGGAGAACUCCACACAGAGCUGGGAAUUAAAGCAUUUCCUGGAACACAAUGUCCUAAUGACAUAAGUGUCACUGAGCUUUACUCAGAACCUGCCUGCAAAGACCAAUGCCGACAAAAGUGAAACAGAAAGAAGAGUACAUCGACUCCUCCUACAACCACUGCCACACCUUCAGAUUCAACACCUUUGUCUUCUUCUUCCACAUCUAACUCACCGAUCCCUCCCAGCACCACAUCUUUCUCAUCACCUGGAACAUCUGCCCCACUUUCCACCACAGUUCCAUUUUUUUUAAAUCGAAAAGUGAUUUGGAAAAGUUAAAAAACAUGAACAUUCUAAAAGAAUAAAUUAUAAGAAUAGUAAGCAUAGCAUGGCAGCACAGUGGUUAGCACUGUUGCCUCACAGCAAGAAGGUCCUCAAUUCAGUUCCACUAUCAGGGCGGGGUCUUUGGUUUGGAGUUCGCGUGUUCUUCCCCGUGUUUGUGUGAGUUCUUCCUCCCACUGUCCAAAAACAUGCACUUAGUGGGAAUAGGUUGAUUGGAAUCUCUAAAUUAUCCAUAGGUGUGAAUGGUUGUCUGCGUCUAUGUUAGCCCUGCGACAGACUGGCGACCUGUCCGGGGUGUACCCUGCCUUGUGCCCUAAGACAGCUGAGAUAGGCUCCAGCCCCCCGUGACCCUGAAAAGGAUAAGUGGAAGCGAAUGGAUGGAUGGAUAAAUAAGGAAUUGUAUAAUUGACUUUCUCAGUUUUAUUUGAACAAUCAAACAAAAAAAAUGAAUAAACAACAUCAACAUUAAAAUAUUGUCCUAAAAUGAGUGGAGAAAUUAAAAAUAAAACAAGUUGGAUUAUAUCUUUUUAGCAAAGAUAUACAUAAAGCAUUUAUCAUGCAUAAAGGGAAACUAAACAUGGUUUUAAAAUAAGCAGUUAUAUUACAUUUUAAUCAUAAAUGUCUGAUUUAAACCACAUUUAUUUAUCUACCAUUCAUGCCUGAGAUGAUAAUGACGUACAAGCUACAGAUGUGAUUUAAUGAAUAAUAAUGUUUUUGGUUGGGGAAUCUCAUGAAGGAUUUGUUAAGUUGUGGUUCCUGCUUUGUAAUCUCCAUGUUUAUUCUUUCCUGUGUUUAUAACAAUCAUAUUUUCCUAGUUUCUAUAGUAUUGAUUUUGGUAAUUUACCUGUCCCAUGUGCCUUGAUUUUAUGCCUUUAUUUUCCUUCCCGAGUGCCUGAUUGUUUCUUGUGCUUUAUCAGAUUUACUUUCUUUGUUUUUGUGUUUUUGACAUGUAUUCUUCCUGCAUUUUUGGUGUUUUAUCUGCCAGUGCUGUUAUUUUGUUCUCUUUUCCUCACAGUCAGAGUUCAGCCAUCAUUGUGAUUGUUACACUGGGUGCAGAUGUACUCAUACUCAAAAUAAAUGAUGUGACCAACAAUUUUUGAGAUUAUCUCCCUCAAGCUGGAGCCUAUCCCAGCUGUCAUAGGGAGAGAGGAGCUAUUAACAAAUUGCCAGAACUGUUGAGAGACAGAGCUGAGAAUAACCAUUUAACCUAGCACAUCUUUGAACUGUGGGUGGAAGCUGGAGACCCCAACACAGCAGUGGGAGAAGAUGCAAACUCCACACAGAACACCAGGCAACUGAUGGAUUCACACCCAGGACCGUCUUCCUGUGAGGCCGUGGUGCGAACCACCGCAUCAUCAUGCCGCCCUUGUUAAACUAUAUGACUGUAACUACCCUCUAUAGUGUUUUGUAAACCACGUAACAUGUUAAUGUGGUUCUAAUAAAUGACAACUGGAGCAUCAAAA